UUUGUGAGAGUGGUGUCUUGUUGUUUUCCCUCGGGCAGAAUUUCACACCAAGAGGGCAUGACUGAACUCCGAAUAUAUGCAAAUCAUUUCCAGGCAAUUAGAUAGCAUUCAGCUGCACGUAGCAGAGUGGAGCAAGCUUUAAAUUAAUGCCUGUUACCCUCCUCAGCUAAGCUUUCCUGGCUGAUCUGGCUGAGCAAGACAAACUCUACAUCCUUGACUCUGAUUGGACACCGCUGAAGCAGUGAAGAAUUUGCAUAUAGCAGGCUGUAACGCACACAAGCCUCUGCACCCACAAGAGUUUAAAGAAUCCAGCAGAGAACGGGACUUCUUCUAUACUGAAGUCACCUGGUUUAAGAUGGAGAAAUCUGAAAAAGUGCCAGAACCGAAACUCUUUUCCGCCGCAAAUAAAUCAGAGAAUCCCCUUGGACUUUUAAACCCUGCGGUGAGAGCUAACCAAAUAUUUUACGUCAACCCACAGCAUGAUAGAUUCACACCAAGCUGGCGCAUGGAUGCGGGUUAUUUCUGCCAAAAAACCCCAUGUAGGUACUCACAAGUUAACCGAGAGUUCAGUCAGCCUGCUCAUGCAGCGAAGCAUGCCGAGCUGAUGUGGCACAGCGAGCCAGAAGGUAGAGGAGCGACUCCUGCCAGGAUGGAUUUCCCUCCUGAUUGCCAUUGCCUUCGUCCUGCACAAUCCAGCGAGGAUGACACGAGAGGAGAGUGCAGUUGCUGGAAAUGUGGACCACAGUGUGGAACUACAGAGCCUGCAAACAGAAGCGCAGCAAGAGGGGAGGACGAAUACAGUUCUCAGCUUCAGAGUCUUGAGGAAGAUCUCGAGCCUCCUUUGCCCCUAAGAUCUGAUGAUGAGUGGCAGCACUACAAUCCUUUUGUACCUCCUCACGUCUACAUGCACAAGCACAACGUUCAUCAUGCCAUGGACGUCAGGUGUUGUCACUCUGCAGGAGAGGGGCACUACAACUUCAAUCCAGUCAACAGAUACCUUCCUCAGCCAGUUUACCACUCUGCUCCCUCCCAAAACUGGCUCCAGUGUCAUCAUACCUGUAUGAAUGGCAGCUUGGCUCAGGGAGGCGUCUCGGUGAACGUGCCUCAGUUCUCGGUCCCGCCAGCGAAGGGCAUGUCUCAGGUCAGCGUGAUGAACCUGAGCUCAGUGGGAACUGAGGCGUCCUUCUCACACCCGCAGGAGAAAAAAAAAACCAUCAGUCUGCCUGAUGUGUGCCGAAAUGUUUUUAUAACUUAUUCUUCAGACGCUUCCUCCGAGAUAGUCCCCUUUGUGGACUUCCUCACAAAGCAAGGUUUUCGUACAGCUAUUGACAUAUUUGACAGUCCUGUCAGACGUAUGGAUAUCAACAAGUGGAAGGACAGUCACCUGAAAGAUCCUUCAACUCUGAUCAUUAUCGCCAUCAGUCCGAAGUAUAAGGCAGACAUCGAAGGGUCUGUAGUGGACAGCCAUAGUCUACACACCAGAUAUAUUCACACCAUGAUGCAGAAUGAAUUCAUUCAGCAAGGCAGCUUGAAUUUCAGAUUUAUACCGGUUCUCUUCGUCAGAGCAUCCCAGAAACACAUCCCAAUUUGGCUUCAGAACACACGUUUUUACCGAUGGCCACAGGACACUGAGGAUUUAUUACUGCGGCUGCUCAGGGAGGAGAGAUACAUUCCUCCGCCUGUACCCAUGGAGCUCACUCUCAUCAUCAGGCCGGUGGAUCCCAGCUCUGCAGCUACACUGUAAAGACACACUUUUGUUUAUGCACGAGUGUGUUCGAUGAUGUAAUUGACUGUGCUGUUUGUGCAGCUAUUUUAAAACCUCAUGUAUCAGGUCUGGCCUCAGUCAUCAGUAGCUCAUGUUCUAAGAUGUGUUGUAUUUGUUGUUUUGCAUUUCAAUAAAGUUUUUAUCUCAUUCUCUGUGCAACAGUA